GAUAGUUGAAUACUCCCUUGAUCUCCAGAACAUCAACUUCUCUGCCAUCAGAACAGUGCGUGUACUCAGACCUCUCAAAGCCAUCAACAGAGUACCCAGUAUGCGUAUCCUGGUGAACCUGCUGCUGGACACUCUUCCCAUGCUGGGAAAUGUGCUUCUGCUCUGUUUCUUUGUCUUCUUCAUUUUUGGCAUCAUUGGUGUGCAGCUGUGGGCUGGACUACUAAGAAAUCGCUGUUACCCAGAGGAGAACUUCACCCUCACAUCUGGCAUCACCCUCCCCGCCCCAUAUUAUCAGCCUGAGGAGGAUGACGAGCGGCCCUUCAUCUGCUCGUUGGCUCAAGAUAACGGCAUCAUGUCCUGCAGCGACGUGCCCACUCGGAGAGAAGGCGGACGGGAGUGCUGUCUAGAUAAAGAGGAUGCGCUGCACCGUCAGGCCCUGGGCCUGAGCGCGGAGCCACUGGUCAACGGCAGUGCCUCCGCCAUGGGGCUCUGUGUGAACUGGAACCAGUACUACACCCGCUGUCAUACAGGACACACCAACCCACAUAAAGGAGCGAUCAAUUUUGACAACAUAGGUUAUGCAUGGAUCGUCAUAUUUCAGGUGAUCACGCUGGAGGGCUGGGUGGAGAUCAUGUACUAUGUCAUGGACGCUCAUUCCUUCUACAACUUCAUCUACUUCAUAUUCCUCAUCAUCAUUGGAUCUUUCUUCAUGAUUAAUCUGUGCCUGGUGGUCAUUGCCACUCAGUUUUCAGAGACCAAACAGCGAGAGCACCAGCUGAUGCAAGAGCAACGCGCUCGCUACCUGUCCUCCAGCACGCUGGCUUCGCUCGCUGAGCCCGGAGACUGUUACGAGGAGCUCUUCCAGCUGGUCUGCCACAUCCUGCGCAAGGCCCGCCGCCGCUCAGCCGCCCUUUACUACAUGCUCCGUGGCAAAGCCCCUCCCCCUGGAGGAGGGAGGGGGCGUGGCAGGGGAGGGGCAGGAUCGACAGGGGGAGGAGCUAAUGUGAAUGGCAGCGAAAGACACCACUGCCAUUCUACUCAGACACCUCACUGUAUUCACGAUACCAAGUUGGACCACAGCUCCCAACCUCUGGAGAACGCCAUCUCCCUCUCCAUCACCCCAAACCCAGAGGAGUGUCCUCAGUGUGCUGCCGCCCUGUCACUCAAGGAAGGGGCGGGAUCGACGGGGCACUCGGCCAAUGGGGAGGAAGAGGAGGGUGCGCUGGAGGAGACCGACAGGGACGAGAACCGCUUGGACGAGAAGGGGGACGAUGACUCUGUGGAUUCGCCAAAGAGGAAACGCACCUGUUUUGGGAAAUGUAAAGAUGUUUGGGAUGAAAUGAGAGUGAAGCUUUGGGGUAUAGUUGAAAGCAAGUACUUCAACAGAGGGAUUAUGAUCGCCAUCCUCAUCAAUACAAUCAGCAUGGGCAUCGAGCACCAUAACCAGCCUGAUGAACUGACUAAUGUCCUGGAGAUUUGUAACAUAGUGUUCACCAGUAUGUUCACCCUGGAGAUGAUCCUCAAGCUGACUGCCUUUGGCUUCUUUCAAUAUCUGAGAAACCCCUACAACAUCUUUGAUGGAAUUAUUGUGAUCAUCAGUGUAUGUGAGAUCGUUGGGCAGUGUGACGGGGGUCUGUCCGUCCUGAGGACAUUCAGACUGUUGAGGGUCAUAAAGCUGGUGCGGUUCAUGCCAGCUCUGCGCAGACAGCUGGUGGUCCUGAUGAAGACCAUGGACAACGUGGCCACAUUCUGCAUGUUACUAAUGCUCUUUAUCUUCAUAUUCAGUAUUCUGGGAAUGCACAUAUUUGGCUGCAAGUUCAGCCUGAGGACAGAGGCUGGGGACACAGUACCUGACAGGAAAAACUUUGACUCCCUGCUGUGGGCCAUUGUCACAGUGUUUCAGAUCCUAACUCAAGAGGACUGGAACAUGGUUUUGUAUAACGAUCCCAAGAUUUCCACUUUGACCCCUAAUGGGCAUCUGGAUUUGGCACCUGCACCCAACGCUAGGGGCCUGUACCCGUCUGAAAGGCUGAGCUUUGCCCUGGGUUCCCGCAAGAGCAGCGUGACCUCUCUGGGCAGGGCUAGCCUGGAGCAGACGGCGCUGUGUCCAGGACAAGCCUCUCUGUACCACAACUGGGGACGGCCCGCGCGGCCAGGAAUAUGGAGUCGCAGGUCGAGCUGGAACAGCUUGGGUCGAUCCUCUAGAUGCCUGGGGAUGGGGGGCGGAGGCAGUUUAAGGGUCCGUAGCCCUCACUCUCACCCCGCUGAGCAGGAGUCCCUGCUGUCUCCUCCGCCCCCUCCUCUGCACCCGCCUCUGCUCUCCAGACACUUCGUCCCGUGCAGAGAACGGCGGGCUCUCUCUCUGGAGCUUCCUGAGCUGCUGCAGGUGCCUGGACCGGCCUUGCCUCCUCUGCAUCCCCGGCAAAGCAAGAAGAGCUUCUCUGGGGGUCUGGGAAGCGUUGGAGAGCACCAGGACUGUAAUGGGAAGACACCGUCAGGCCAACCACAAAUCAUCAAUGAGGUCUACCCUCAGGUCAAUGCACGCAAGGACAGGGAGGAUCUGGACGAUGAACUGGACUAUAGUCUAUGUUUCCGGAUGCAGAAGAUGAUAGAGGUGUACAGACCAGACUGGUGUGAGACCAGGGAAGACUGGUCCGUCUUCCUCUUCUCUCCCCAAAACAAGUUCAGGGUGUUGUGCCAGUCCAUUAUUGCCCAUAAGCUGUUUGACUAUGUGGUGCUGGUCUUCAUCUUCUCAAACUGCAUCACUGUGGCUCUGGAGAGACCCAAGAUCCUUCAGGGUAGCCUGGAGAGGCUUUUCCUCACCGUGUCCAAUUACAUUUUCACAGCCAUAUUUGUGGGGGAGAUGACACUCAAGGUGGUGUCUAUGGGUUUGUAUCUUGGAGAGCAGGCGUACUUGCGCAGCAGUUGGAACAUUUUGGAUGGUUUCCUGGUGUUUGUGUCUUUGAUUGACAUUGUCGUGUCGAUGGCGGGCGGGGCUAAGAUCCUGGGGGUGCUCAGGGUCCUCAGGCUUCUGCGCACACUGCGCCCUCUCAGGGUUAUCAGUCGAGCUCCUGGCCUCAAACUGGUUGUGGAGACUUUGAUCACCUCUCUGAAGCCUAUAGGAAACAUAGUUCUCAUCUGCUGUGCCUUUUUCAUCAUCUUUGGCAUCCUGGGAGUCCAGCUUUUCAAAGGCAAGUUCUACUACUGCUUGGGCCUGGAUGUCAAAAACAUCACUAACAAGUCUGACUGCCUCUUGGCCAAUUAUAAGUGGGUCCAUCACAAGUACAACUUUGACAACUUGGGGCAGGCUCUGAUGUCCCUGUUUGUGCUGGCAUCGAAGGACGGCUGGGUCAACAUCAUGUAUCAUGGUUUGGACGCAGUGGCAGUGGACCAGCAGCCCAUAACCAAUAACAACCCCUGGAUGCUGCUGUACUUCAUCUCCUUUCUCCUGAUCGUCAGUUUCUUCGUACUGAACAUGUUUGUUGGAGUGGUGGUGGAGAACUUCCACAAGUGCCGACAGCACCAGGAAGUGGAGGAGGCCAAGAGGAGAGAGGAGAAGAGACUGAGACGCAUGGAGAAAAAGAGACGGAAGGCCCAGAAGUUGCCCUACUAUGCCAGUUACAGUCACGUGCGACUGAUGAUCCACACCCUGUGCACCAGUCACUACCUGGACAUCUUCAUCACCUUCAUCAUCUGUGUAAACGUUGUGACUAUGUCACUGGAGCACUACAGCCAGCCUCAUUCUCUGGAGAUCACACUCAAGUACUGUAAUUAUUUCUUCACCAGCACCUUUGUGCUGGAGGCUGUCCUGAAGCUCAUUGCAUUUGGCUUCCGACGUUUCUUCAAAGACAGGUGGAACCAGCUGGAUUUGGCUAUAGUGCUGCUGUCAGUCAUGGGAAUCACGUUGGAGGAGAUCGAGAUCAGUGCUGCUUUGCCCAUCAACCCCACCAUCAUACGCAUCAUGAGGGUCCUGCGCAUCGCACGGGUGCUAAAGCUGUUAAAGAUGGCCACGGGAAUGAGAGCGCUGCUGGAUACGGUAGUUCAAGCCCUGCCACAGGUGGGGAACCUUGGCCUCCUCUUCAUGCUGCUGUUCUUUAUUUAUGCUGCACUGGGGGUGGAAUUGUUUGGAGAGCUGGUGUGCAACGAGGACUAUCCAUGUGAGGGCAUGAGUCGGCACGCCACCUUUGAGAACUUCGGCAUGGCGUUCCUCACCCUCUUCCAGGUCUCUACUGGUGACAACUGGAACGGCAUAAUGAAGGACACUCUUCGAGAAUGCCCACCAGGCGAAUACGCCUGUAAUCCCAGCCUACAAUUCAUCUCUCCGUUGUACUUUGUGAGCUUUGUGCUCACGGCCCAGUUUGUUCUCAUCAAUGUGGUCGUGGCAGUACUGAUGAAACACCUGGACGACUCCAACAAAGAAGCCCAGGAGGAGGCAGAGAUGGAUGCGGAGAUUGAGCUGGAGCUGGCCCAGGGAACGCUCUGCUGCAUCGGAGGAGGGGGGUCUGGAGCGGAGAGGAGCAGUGGGGGGCAUCAGGGGGCUGGACCCAGCUCUACUGUUCCACCUCACUCCCCAAACACACUCCCAGGGGUCCACGAGCCCAACAGCGCCAGGAAACUCUACUCACCAGCCCAGGAGAACUUGUGGCUGGACAGUGUAUCUCUGCUUAUCAAAGAUUCGUUUGAAGGGGAGAUGCUGAUGAUUGACAACCUCUCUGGCUCCGUCUUCCAUCAUUACUCCUCCCCACCCGUCUGCAAGGACUGCAGGACUCAUCCGCAAGAGCAGAUCCACAUGGCUGAACUGGAGCAGGCGUCUCUGAGGUCGGAGCAGCUCUCAGAUAAGUCAUCCUCACCAGCGCUGCCUGAUGACCUCAGCCUGGACGAGCAGAGCUUGUACCAGAUGGCUGUCAAAGAGGGAAAGGAAAGGGGUUGUGAUGAGUGCCUAAACACUGAAGAACCUGGAGGGAGAGCUCACAGCAGGUUACGGCGAGCCUCUCGGGUUCACAGCUCUGGGACAGAGGAUGGGGCGGCAGUGAAUGGAGGUGGUUCUCAAAGUCCACAUCACAACACACCUGCUCGUCACAGCAUAGGUGGACUUCCCUGUAGCAGCAGUAAUCAGGAGCACCCAGGGGUUUCUGGAGCUUCGAGCCGCUCUACCACUCCCAUCCAUCUCCCUGCUGAAUUCUUCCACCCAGUUGCAGCGGCCCUCCCCGCACCUCCGAGAGGCCGACCGGGGCACAAACCAAGAGGGCUUCGGCUAACUUCCCCAGCCUCAUGGGCGUCUCUACGCUCUCCUGGAGCAAACACCAGGCUGCUCACCACACAGUAUCCAUCUCACAGUGACUCCUCCCUGGCUACGGGGAGCUCAGAGAGCAGCCUACUGACCACCAUGGAAGAAGGGCUCCGUUUCAUCGUAUCCACUACCCAGCCACUGCUGGACACACUCCUCAACGAUCGGGCCAGCCUCUCCACGGAGACCCUGAGACCCAGUCCUCCAGCCGCCCAGAACCUCCAAACUACGAGGGGACACCAGCGCAGCAAGAGCAGCUGUGAAACGGACAUCAGUGCAGGAAGAACUCAGCAAGGCUCCGAUGAGGAUGUAGGGAUGGUACGGUGCGGCUCUAACCAGACGUGUGACAGCCAGCAGCUCUCAGAGACGCCGAGCAGCCUGUCGCUGACGUCGCUGCUUCUGCCAAGCUCUGUAGCUCCCCCGUCUGUGAAAAAGUGCAACAGCACGGGCAGCUUAGACCACGGGACUCUCACAACCCAAGAAAAAGUGUUCAUAAAAGAGGCACAGGGUAAAAUCACCAGCCCCUGGAAAGAAAGUAGAGAAGCAAAAAGAGAGAGUCAGUCGGAGGCAGCACAAGGAAAAGACGGGGAAAGUACAAGCCAAAUAACAAUUGUGGGCUCCAGGAGAAAUAGAUGAAACUUUACCUAGUGUUAGUUAUUUCUAAGGUCCACUACUCGAUCUCUGUUUUUUUCAGGGAGCAGUUUGACAUGUGGCAUUCCAUCUCAAAGUCUUUCUCUCUCUAUCUCCCUGUUUUCAUUUGUGACCUGUUACCAUUUUGUAUUUGCUUGUGGUAAACGUCCAACAGGACUGUAGAGAAACUGGAUAGAGAGACCUGAGAGCAGUUUGGCCCCUUGGAGCAUGACUAGACCGAAGGGGACUGUUCAGACAGCUGCCUGAAUAAUCAGGUCAGGAGACGACAUGCAGUACAGGCAAAGCUCUCCGUAUGCCGGAAUGCUAGGAGUUUUCUUAAAAGUUAGUUAAAAAGGGAAAAAAAGAUACACCUACAAGCAUAUAUAUAGAGGAACUGAAAAGAUAAGGAGAUACAGUUAAAAAAAAUACAGUCAAAUAGAUUGAUUCUCUAAAAGAGGGCAUGUUGUGUUCAAUGAUUUAAUGCAGUUCAAUUACAAUGAAGAUUUUAGGAUUUUAACUCUUUCAGUAUACACAUACUUUUUACAGGUUUUUCGUUCGUUUGUUAUUUUGUUUGUUUGUAUUUGUGUUUUACAUCAUUGA